AUAUAUAUAUAUAUAUGUAUAUAAAGUCUUCGUUUCUUAUAAUAACGGCUUCGAAGACUCUCUAACCAUAAACCCUAGCCGCUUCUACUUCUCUUCGUUGAAUCCUCAAUUAACAAUGACUGGAGAAGCAGUUAACCCUAAAGCAUACCCUUUGGCUGAUGCUCAGCUAACAAUCACUAUAAUGGAUCUUGUUCAACAAGCUGCUAACUAUAAGCAACUCAAAAAGGGUGCUAAUGAAGCUACUAAGACAUUGAAUAGGGGUAUUUCUGAGUUUGUUGUUAUGGCUGCUGAUGCUGAACCUCUUGAGAUUCUUCUCCAUCUUCCUCUACUUGCUGAGGAUAAGAAUGUUCCCUAUGUGUUUGUCACAUCAAAACAAGCACUUGGGCGUGCUUGUGGUGUCACCCGACCAGUGAUUGCUUGUUCUGUGACAACUAAUGAAGGGAGUCAAUUGAAAUCCCAGAUUCAGCAACUCAAGGAUGCUAUUGAGAAGCUGCUAAUCUGAAAACUUCAUUAUCCGUAUGAUGGUAUGAUGGGCUUCUUGAGUUGUGCUGAAAGCGUCUUCGGAGGCCUUGACUGGACGACUUGUUGUGCUAUUCUAUACGCUAUGUUAACUUAUUUUAAUUUUCUUUCUGCCGCUAAAGGUUGUUAUUGUGUGGUAUUUUUGUUUUAGUGAGUUAUGUUUUGAACCCUUUUUGAUCCUUUGACUAGUAGAAUCCAGUUUUAUGUCAAAAAAUUGUUUACUGCACUUAACUGUUUUAUUUAUAAGAAUUCUAUUUUGGUUGUUGUUAGAGAA